AUGGGGCACUGCUGUGACGCCUUGGGCUUCAUCUUCCUCUCCUCCUCCAGCUGCCACGGAGGAAACAGCGUCCCGAGAUGGGAGGCGGAAAGAAAACUCAGAUCCGAGCCUGUCUCAUCUCCUUCUCUGAGGGACGCAAAGAUGUCUGUCCAUCCCGUCUGCCCCAGCGUCUCCUCUCCAUUCACAAAAAACGCAGCCGAGCAUCCAACUACAAGCCUCAAACAACGGCACACGCGGACAGACGGAGAGCGGCAUCCAGACGAAGACGAGACACAUUCAGAACGCCGACUGAUAUUCUCUUGUGUGUUUGGUGACCUUGUGAUUUCAGCCUCAGGAUCUGCAGUGUGGGAUGCCGUGCACGGAUGUAUUCUGGGAGUGGGGGCUUUGGUGCUCCAGGGUGUGGGCUUGUGGGAAAAAUUUGUCAUCUCUGCCCACUUACAGACAAACCCACCAACUAGGGUGGGAAACAGUUGUCCAAGGACGACACACACACAUAGAGAGCCCAAAAUAUGCAACAAGGUCAUCAGUAAACCCCUCCACACUCCAACUCCUGUUUUUACUGGAAGUGUUGUGUCUUUUGGACAGUUUCAUCUGUGUUAUCUGCUAUCUUCUACACACGCACACACACAUAUAUAGUGGACGUUUUUGAAAAAGGUGCUUUAUCUGUGAUUUUGAUUCGGUGUGUAUGUGUGUGUGUGUGUGUGUGUGUGUGGACUGCAUAUCGAUAAUAACUUCAACUUAAUUUUGAGGCUUUUUUUACAUUUCAUGCCGAUCACCAAUGUGUCAAAAUGCCACCUUAUUUUAUUUGUGUGAUUUGUUAGUGAUUUAGCAGCAGCUUAAAGAGAGAAUUGUUACAUCACACAUGCAUACACAUGCUUUGUUGGGUUAAAAAUAAAUGUUUAAAGCUUGCAUAUUUAAAAGUUUAACUAUUUUGUUUAUAUUUAAGAGUAUUAAUUACAUAAUUAAAAUAAAAUAAGCACGCAAUUUUAUUUGUCUAUUUCAUAUCUCAAAGAUUUGACAUUUUUGUGCAACAAAAGGAAGCACAAUGUGCAUUAGUGCAGCUGAUAUUUAAGUUUACAUAUUCAAAAGUUGAACUAUUUUGAUCAUAUUUACGAGUUGUAAUUACAUCAUUAGAAUAAAGUAAUCACAAAAUCUUGCUCUUUUUCAUAUCUCAGGAAAGAUUUGAGAUUUUUGUGCAACAAAAUAGAGUGCAAAUAAUGUGCAUUAGUGCAGUUGAAGUGAGUAUAUUUGUGUAUAUGUCCAAGCUGAAGUCAUAAUUAUGUAAU